CGGGGUUUACACAUGCUCUUUCCUUGGUUGACGACGAGGUGGACUUCAACGCAAGUCUCCAUUCGGUCGCCAAAUUUAUCAGCACACGACCGCAGAUGAAUUCGUCAGACAUCGUGUUUGUUUUUUGCGGACGGAAGGUUUUCACAAAAGACAGCCACGGCAAGAAAUUAUACAGCCCUCAAGGUCUCACGUGGGAGGGCGGAAUAUGUAACGACGAAAAAAAGGUAGUUCUCGUCAACGACAUUGCGAAUAAUUUUUAUGCCUUGCCGAACGCUGGGUUCCAGCUGGCACGCCUGCUGGGUACACCAACAUCGUGCACACCAGACUUUUCAGGGCUGGGAGGUCGGACUAAGCUGUUCUAUCUCUCAAACUGCACUAUGCAUAACAUUAGAAACUUUCUCGGAGAGCUCAAACGAAAGAAUGCUAGCCAGGCAAGAGAAUGUUUCCGCAAAAAGUACAACAGCUCAGUCUCAUCGAACUUCUACAACAUCCUGCCAGGCAAGAUUGCAAAGGAGGACGAGUAUUGCAAGAAACUUGGAGAAUUGAGGAAGGAACCACCAAACAGGGGCCUCUGCAGUCGACUGACAGCACUUACAAAACAGAUAUACGAGAAUCCAGAAGUGAGAAAUGCAACCCACUCGAGAAAAGAACCGUGUAUCUUCGACUGCUGCUCUGUGUCGAAUAAUCAGCAGCAAAUUACAUUUCACAACAAUAUUGCCUUCGAUGGCAAGCCCUGUGGAGGAAAUGGCGAGGGAAAAAUCUGCAUUUUCGGCGUGUGCAUAGACACGAAACGCAGAGGAUGACAAGAGACGAUAUCGACCACAAGGUCCUGGGCUGAAGCUUGCCAGUUCCAUUUCCAAACGCACAGCUGAACAUUCGAAAUCCCUCUUACGCCGUAAGGAGAAAUGCUUCUAAUGAAAAUAAUAAAGUGA